GCUCAUUUGAGAAAUAUAUUAAAGUUCAGGGGCCCGAAUUAGCAUUAAAUUAAUUCAUAAAAAUUCGAAACGGCAGAAAAAUCCUUUGAACACGGCGUAGCGAGCUGUCGUUUCAACGGCUAAACCUAACCGGGAGUCAUUUUUCCCCCAGCCUCAACCACCGACGCCGGACGGGAAGCGAAGAAAUGGCGGAAUCCGAAACGAGCGAUCAGCUAGCCGCCUUCUUCCAGUCCGGCAUUUACCGCUUCAGUAACUGCGCCGUCUCCGUCGUGUUCAUGGACCCAGUCCGCGUCCUGAAUCGCUCGUAUUCUCGAUUUAGGGUUUCUCCGUCCACAUACUACUCCCGCUUCUUCAGUUCCAAUCUCGCCGCCGAUUUCGCCCACCGUGAAACCGAACUCUCUUCAAGUUCAAAGAAGCGGAAGCGGAAGGAGAAGAAGCCUCCCCUGUUGAACGAGCGAGAACAAGCCGCCGACCAGCGUCAUCAGCUAGCUCGGCCGCUGUUGUUGAAAGCGCACGAGUGUUUAAUCGGAGCUUCUGAGCUUUUGGGGAUUCUGAGAAGUUUAAGCUGCGAUUCCUCUUCCAUGGCGGAACGCCGGAAGCCAACGGUCGUCGAGACUGAGCCCUCGUUUGUUGAGCUUGGAAAAGUCUGGCAAGCUCCCCUUUACGAAAUAGCCCUCAAGUUUCCUCGAUCUUGCCGGAGCAACGAAAAUGAAGGCGACAUUGUUGAUCAAUGCUGUGACCCGGGAUUGGUUCCUGUGUUCAACAAUUUGGUUGUAAAUGAGACUGGUGAUGAAGUAGAAGCUGAAUUUCUGAGCAGGAAAUAUGUGAUACCUCUUGAGAGUUGCUUCUACAUGUCAGACCUUGGGAAGAUUCAGAACCUGAUCCCUGAGGUCUACAAUGCUGAUGCCAAGAAUGUCCAGGUCUUGGUAUAUAUCCCAAUGGUCAGUAGAAACCGAUGUAAUCCCUUCUGCUGGUUUGUGGCAGCUGAUUCUGGCAGCGGUUUCAAUCUUAUACUGAUCGAUCCACCAUGGGAAAACGCAAGUGCUCAUCAGAAACUAAUGUACCCGACUUUGCCUAACCGGUACUUCCUGAGCCUUCCCAUUAAGAAGCUCGUCCAUUCGGAUGGGGCUCUCGUAGGCUUAUGGGUGACCAACUGGGAGAGACUGAGAAAUUUUGUCCUGGAAGAGUUGUUCCCCUCAUGGGGAGUUACUUAUGCUGCUAGCCUUUUCUGGUUGAAGGUCAAAGCAGAUGGAUCAUUGACCAGUGAUUUGGACCUAUUUCAUCACAGGCCAUAUGAAUGCCUUCUUUUGGCGUACUGCAACACUAAGGGUGAAGGUGGUUGUGAACUGCAGUCAGGAAUGGGAGGAACCAUGGAAGAUCAAGUCGUGAUAAGCAUCCCGGGUGAUUACUCGAGAAAGCCACCAGUUGGAGAGCUUCUGCAGAAGUACGUGCCAGGCGUUGGGCCUCCUCGAUGCAUCGAGCUUUUUGCGAGGGAGAUGAUGGCGGGGUGGGCUUCGUGGGGGAACGAACCUCUACACUUUCAGGAUUCCCAUUAUUUUCUGCUGAAUCACGAGGAUCCUGUUGUACUGCAAUGAUGAUAGACAUCAUAGGUUUUAUGUUUUGUAUUAUUAGAUUGGCGUGGUGAGGGAGACAGACAAGGAAGGAAGAAGAAGGGGAGGCAAUUGGGUGGAUGUUGGACAGGCCGGUCCAAGUCGGGCCCAAACAAUGAGAUACGGUCAAAUACAAAGACCGGACAGUGAAAGGAAAGCCAAACCCACGUAGAACCAAAAGAAACAAUAAUGAGGAACCUUAGAAAAACAAAAACGAACAAAGAGAAUAGAGCCCAUUAUCAGAAACAAGUUUUGCUGGUCCAUCGUUGUCACUUUUCUUUCUUGGGUUUGACCAAUUAUUGCAGUUUAGUUCAUCCAAGCAAGUGAACCUAUUGACAGGUUGU